CGCGGAAAUGGGCGAGCAUAAUCUUCUUAAUCCCGGGUUUGUGGGACCUUUGGUAAACAUCCACACUGGAGACACUUUUUACUUUCCGAAUUUCCGAGCCUCGGGGGGACAACUGGCGUCUCUCCCCUACCCGAGAAGGGACAAUGCUUGCUCCCUCCCGUGGAACCCAUCGGAGCCCUGCAAUGGAUACUCUCAAUCCUACUUUAGCAGCCCCGUGUCUAUUAACCCUUCUUUCAACCGGUCGUGUGAAAUUACUCGACCGGAGGAGAGUAAAUGUUAUUAUAGCAAUGGCAGCGUGAGCAGCAGAGAGAGCUGUUCAGGUGGUGGCGGGAGCAGCCUAAAGCGAGAGGAUAAAGCGAGGGACACAUCAUCAUUCAUAACAUCUGAUCACGGGAUGCACUCUGGCAUGGGCAGCAAUAACAUUGGUGCAUUUUCUAAGUAUAAUUAUGGGACCGAGCAACUCGCUCAAGACCCGCCGUCCUGCCAAUCUCUGGAAUCCGAUUCCAGCUCCUCGCUUCUCAACGAGGGCAGCAAAACUUCCUCCAGCGACCCUCAGACCCUUCUGUCACCAGGAAACCACACCGCCCACUCGGGCAACAUAGCUGCAUGCGGAGGUGCCCCGUGGUACCCGAUGCACACCCGGACCCGAAAGAAACGCAAGCCCUACUCCAAGCUCCAAUUGGCCGAACUGGAGGGCGAGUUCAUACUGAAUGAGUUCAUCACCAGACAGCGGCGGAGGGAGCUGUCUAACCGCCUCAACCUCAGCGAUCAACAGGUUAAAAUCUGGUUCCAGAACCGGCGUAUGAAGAAGAAGAGACUGAUGAUGAGGGAGCAAGCUAUGGGCUUCUUUUAGAUUUAGUAGAGACGUGGCACCAUAAGGAUAAUCGAUUGACAGGCAGUGUUUCUCCUGUCUGCAAUUGCUAUAAAUGCAUGCAUGCACUCACCUAGCCUACUCUCGCUCCAUCUCCAUCAGAAGGCGCAAAAUGUUCAGGAAAAUAUUUUAGGUGUAGGCCCUAAACGACCAAGUGAUACUGCUGCGAUAACUUAGAAUAUCUGCCGAGUUAUGCAGGAUAGUACUACCAUAGUGUUGUGGUAAAACACCUAUAGCCUACAGACGUUAAUCAACUGUGAGAUAAUAUUCUUGCGUCCCAAAGGACGGAAUUAGUGCAUGAUGUCCAUGACUGAUGUCAUUUCCUAAACCCUUGAAAAUGAACCAUUUAUUUUGAAAAUGAUUUGAAAACUAAAUUAACAAAAUGAAAAGCAAUAUAAUAAACACGAGGCCAGAGUUUGCGAUAAACCUAUCAGGCCAAUUCUUCACCAAUGUUCCUGAAUCCCAUUUACGUGCAUUCAUUGUCACUGGCAAUGUAGAUAGGUUAAGACGAACGACAUUGGUUGAGACGAACACAAUGCCCUUAUCUGCUUUCUCUAGUUCCCUGCCAUGUGUUUCGGCACGUUCACGGUCACGAGCAAGGAGUCAGACUCCAAGCCACAAAUCAGAGGAUCUUAAACCUCCAAGCCAACCUCUCCAUGGCUGCAGCGCUUUGAAAUAUUAUUUGCCAUGAAUUCGUUCAUGUGCUGACAACUUUCUCAAGAUAUUUGAUAUUGCCCCCCCCCCCCCCCAACAGCCUCUGAAUAACUUUAGGGGGUUGGAUCAGAACAGAUGAGGUUGUUGUUUAAACACGGGUUCGUGCUGGCUGCUAUCGAAGAUCAUAGUUCUUGUAGACGUGCUGACAAUUAUUCUUCAAUUAUUCUUCCACCAUAGAGUUGUUUGAGAUCCUUAUUGCAAUAACAAGCAGAGAUAUAUGUCUUCUUCGUCAAUGCACAUCCCAUAGAUAGACUCUCAAUAAGCUUUUUGUACUUGAUAUAGGCCCAGGAAUAACGGUUACCGCUGGAAAAGUGCACAUUUGAAAUGGGCAUCAAUGGAAGUAGAACUUGACUGAAAAAUAGGCUCAGUGGAAAGAAAUAUCGUGUUAUAAACAUAUAUGACAUACAAAAUCUAAACGCUCGUGUGUGAACCUUUAACAUCUGGGCAGCACAAUGUAUUAUAGUGUUGAAUGUAUACGGAUCAAACCCCAGCAGUGAAAGACACAGUGAAGCAUGUUAGUGAUUAUGUGAAAAAUAAACAAAUGGAUGAUACAUAAUGAUUGCUCGGUACCUUAUGACUUUUAAAGUAGAAACAACUGAAAGAUUGAAAGACAUAUCGUCGCAUUUUAAAAACGUUAUGAUGUAUGCAUAUUAUAAUUAUAAUGAUUAUAAUGCAUUGGUCGGAGGUACUAACUAUCAUUUGUAGGCUCCUGUAUUUGGUAUUCGUUAUGUACUAUAUGGUGUUUCUUUUUAUCUUAUAAUGUGUAGCAAAUUGUAAAAGUAUGGAAAUAAUAUGAUAUUUGGGGAUAUCCUAUCUUAAUAUAAUAGUGUUUUAUGUU